AUGGCAAAUGGUUCCUCAGACGCGGCGCUGGAAGAGAACAAGAGCUGUGUACUGUGGGCCAGGAUGAUGGAAAGACAAGCGCAAGUCAAGUGCCAAAUUUGGGUCUGGUCGCGCCUGCAUUUCGCGUCUGUUCUGCGUUUUGGGUUGCCGGCCCCGAAAAUGGAAGGAAGCAAUAUCUGUCUUGGUCUCAGAAAUGAGAAAAUGACCCGAUUCGACCAACAGACCGCCAGCUACCUACACCCACGGACUGGUUCCAGUCUUCUACUGCUUUACCCGGAAAAAGGAUGUACACAGUAG